CACACAUAGGCAAGGCAGAAAAUUGCAAUUGCACCGAACGGACGACGAGCGAAACAAAAACGACAAAAACCCCCAAACAAUUCACUUGUUUUAUAAACAUAUAUACAUCGCUGCAGAGCAGUCAAAUUAGGCUAGAAAGCUACUCUAAAGGUAAAUGAAAAGAAAUUGUUGAUUAAAAAGAUCCGCGCUCGACUCGUUGACGGCGCGCGCGUUUGGGAAGAAAAAAACGCGUUGCGUUCUUUUUCCCCCAUUUACUGUAUGUGAGAGACUUCUUCGACUCAGCACACACACAGAAACUUUCACACACACACACAAACAUAGGCAGAGAGAGACUCGCCAGCAACGAAAACGACGGUCGGUUGGUUGAUUGGGUUGUUGGAGUAGACGACGAGACGAGUGAAAGUGUCUCCACCACACGGAAGUGCAUCUGUGAUUUGUAUUUGUAUAAUAAUGCGUCGCGCAAACUCAAAUUUGUUGUUACGCCAAUGAUAUUAGCGAACGCAAUGCCCAGGCUGCGUUUUUGCCAAAUAAUCGACGUUGCGGGUUCGUCGUAGUGUGUGUAACCAUAUAAAAAAGAAAAUAAAGAAAUUAACAUAUAUAAAAAAUAAAAUCAAAUGAAAUAAGAUGGCUGAACAAGUGGAAAAGGCAUUGGCGUAUAUCAAAACAAUGCCCGUUUCGACCACGUUACAGGUGACAGACGCCGCCGCCGCAACUUGCAUGAAUUGCUGCAGUAGCAAUGACGACGACGCCGCCAGCUCCAAAUCCAAAGGAGCCAAAGCCAAGAGCAGAAGCAGCAGCAGCGGAAGUGGGAGCGGUAGCAUUAGCAUCGAUUCCGAAGUUGCUGCCGAAGCUGUUGUCAACGGUGAACUGGAUGCCGCCUCUUGCUAUCAUGUCAGCAUGAAAAUGUCCAUUGAUGCGGCCACGCCGCGCAUUUGUGGCGACAACAUGCCGCUGAAAUGUGAUGCUUUGGCGGCAAUGCGAGAAGCGCUUAGCGCCAACAAACCGUUGCCACUCAACUGCUCCUCGUCCUCAUCGAAACAGCAACAACAAUCGAAUAGCAAACAUAGUCUAACACCAACACCACCGCCAGCAACAUGCCAGCUGCUGGAGCGUCUCAAUUUUCCGGAGGGUAACAUCAUCAACACACUGCAUACGAUACUGGCUUUGCCGCCCUUCGAUCCUUAUGCACCGGCACCCAAGUCGGAUGUCAUCUACAAGGAUGUGGUGUCGCUAAUGCAGUGGAGUCUGCGCGAGGACAAUGUCAUCGAGAUGGAGCUGAGCGAUAAGCUGUUGCAUGAAUGCAAGCCACCGAGCAAGGAUGCCAACGAUGAGACCCGUUCAUAUUUGAUGGCAAUUGAGAAUAUGCGCUUAUUUUCGGAGGAUCCAAAGAUUCCGCUGCGCGGUGGCGUCGGACAGUUGCGUGCAAUUACGCUGUAUUUCCAGAAUCUUGCCUUGAUAUUUGUGAAGCACCGUAAGGAGGAGUUCUUUACGUUUUGUUCCUGCAAGGAAUGUCUCGAAUAUCGCGAAACCAUCAUGGCCAUUAUGAUGGAUCAAUUCAAGGCUGCUCACAUGGUCGUCAUGCUGCUCGAUGUGCUCAUCAAGGCAUACAGUCCCAUGUUAAAAAACGAUGCUGCCUACAACAAAUUUGAGAAACUACUCGAAUCAAAUAAACAAAUCUAUUGGAUUACAAGCGGUUUCCUGUACGAUAAAAAUGCCGAAUAUCUUGAUUUUAUUGAUGAUACUGCGAUCUCUGAUAAUAUGAUAUUAGUGCUAUUCAGUGCCAUUCUGAUGGCAAACAAUCCGAUGCUGCUGCUACAAAUACUCGCCUAUAAUGUUGAGUGCAUUGUCAAGGCAUUUUCAGAGGGCAUGAUCGAAAUUGCUCAAAAUGUGCAGGAGAACGAGAAGAUUUCCGCCGAAAAGAUGCUCACAUAUUUACUGGACGGCUACUCCGAUCUGAACUGCAUUUCACAAAAGAUAUCGCUUAGCCUGUUCGCGUUCGAGAAUGAUUUUCUGCGCAAAUUCAAACUCUCCUGGGUGCUAUUGUGCCAGCGUCUAUUUCAGCAACAUGUGUUCAAUCCGCUGGGCGACACAAUGCUCGCAUGCAUCCUCUCGCUGAAGGAGGGCGAUGGCACCUCACAGACGACGGCGUUGAUUAAGCGUUACAUGCUCUUCGAUGAGCAUAUGCACUCCAUUGAGCGCCGCUGGACGGACAUCUGGAUGGAGCUGAACAAGUUCAACUUGUCGCCCACGGAGCAUGAUCGUCGUAUGGGCCUGCUCGAUGUGUAUAACAUAUUCGAUAAGGUCGUCAUGGAUGCCACUUCGUUUUCGCUGCCAGACAUUAGUGAUGAUGAAUUUAUUGAUUUCCAACGCAUCGUUGAUCGUCAGCUGGCUUGGAAGAAUAUUAUGGCAUUCACCAAGCUUAAGUGGCCCGACGGUUUCUACGAUCCGCCCAACAAACUUGUGCACGAGGAUCUCUGCAAGAAGUGUAAUGCAAUGCUGGAACACCAUAAUGAGAACUGCAAAUGCAUCACUUGCUCCAUUGCUGGGACGCCUCUGUUGCCGCGACAAGCCGGCCAUUGUGCCAAGUGCACAACACUCGGGAUUGUCGAGAAAGAUGCCAAGUUGAUGAAAUCAAAAAUUCUAAGCACCUGCACCAACGACGAGGCCCGACACAAUGCGGCGUCUGCUGCUGCAAGCACAAGCGCAGCCGCUGCCGCUGCGGCAGCCGCACAGCAGCGUCGCAGCGGCGAUCAGCAGCAGCUUGCAGCGGAUGAACCGAAUAGCAUCAGCAGCAGCAGCAUGUCGCUGCGACGGCAAGAGAUGGACACGGCGCUACGCACCACAUAUCACAUAGCAUGGGCCGUGUUUCAGCAUCUGACCACACGGAAACGCUAUCGCUUUGACAGCAUUGAGCCGCAGUUCUUUUGCGGGGAAAACUGUCGAGUCUCGGCUUGCCAGCUGGCGCGUAAAAUCCUUGCCAAUGAAUUGUCACCUCCGCUGACGAAACAUUUGCUGCGCUGCUUUCAACCACUGUCGUUUUCGCGUGAGGAACUGCGCUCCACGUUGCCAUCGCUAAUGUUCUUCAAUCGCAAGCUGGCACCCAGUCCCGCCGAGCUGCAGGAGCUUAAGAAUCAGCACUAUGUGUAUAAGACCUACUGGACCUUUGUGCUGUCCAUCUAUGCCAAUUUUUUUGUCAAGUUCAACUCGACGGCCACGGACUUUAAGCACCUGGAGCUGCUCAAGGGCGAUUUGCGUUUGCGCCCCAACAGCGUUGUUGGCGAUAAGGAUGACGGUCGCUUUGAACAAUUUCUCGCCCAGGUCAUUGGAUACUCGCCUUUUAAGAUUACCGAUGAUUUCACGUUGGGCGACGCAAAUAUCGAGAAGAUGCAAUUUGGAGUUGAUCAUUUAAUGAUGUUGCACGAUUCGCAAAUGAUAAAGCGAAGUAAACCAGAUAGCGCAUCCCACAUGGCGGCCAACAAGGCCAAAGUCAAUGAGACAACGCAAACUGGAGCUGGCUGCAACGAUGCGAAUAACUCGAAGAAAAGCAAAGAAAAGAUGCGCAAAUGUUGUGCAGACUACGCGGAUAUGGGCGAGACCUGCAAGGAAAAUCACUCGAAGAAGCGCGUCAAAAAAGAGUGCAAUCAUGCACGUUUCAACGAGACACGUGAUCGACUGCGCAAAAAAUUGUCGCAGAGCAAAAACGGCCAGGAUGAUGCAACUAAGGCUCAAGUGGUGCCCAAGGCUCAACCAGCAACAGCAGCAGCGGCGAAUGUGUUGGCGCCAUCCAAAAAGCCAGAGCCCGUGACUCCUCAGCAGCAGCAACCUCCUACCUUGAAAAUGGUUGCAUCCGCACAGGUGCAAGCAGCUGCACGUAAAAUGCCAGCAGCAGCCGCGGCGGCUGCUGCAGCAGCGGCUGCAGCGGCCCUCAACGAGAUUGGCGAGAACAUUGAGGAUGGCGAUAAUAGUCUUUUAUGUUUAGACAGUCUCUGCAAGAGCAUACAGAUGCACACGGAUGCCACAGCUGCAGCAGCAGCAGCAGGUGGCAACGGCAGUUUGGCAGCGGAUCUCAGUAACUACAGCAAAGAGGAGAUGAUGAUGCAACACUUUGCUGAAUUUCUGGGCAGCUAUACGCGUGAACAGGAUCAAAAGCGUUGGAUCAAUGAGACACUCAACUUCAUCGAAGGCAAACCCCAACAGCCACAAACAUCGAAUCCCAAGAAAGCGGCGAAGAAAGCAAAACAAAAGCAGCGCAAAGAGGAGGAGAAACGCAUCAAAGAGCUUGAAGAUUUGCGCAGUCAAUUUCUUGAUAUUUAUUUCAAGGAGUUUAUUGACAAAUACGAAAUGAAAACUUUAAUGGCUGCUGGCGGCCGCAAGCGCGAAAAGAAACGCAUUGGUGAACUGGAGGCGAACAUUAAGAAUCUGCAGCGUGCUAAGGGUAAAGUUGAGAUACUCAUUCUGGAACUUAUUGCCACCGUUAAACAGGCAAACAGCGAAUUUAAGUUCUCCUAUCUGCCCACCAAGGAGCAGCAGUUGGCUAAACUGGCUGAGCUCGAAGUGAUUUUAAAUGGUGGCAGUCGAGUGACGGCACCAGAGCCAUCAUUACCACCACAGCCAUCGGUACCGGUACAGUCGCAACAUCAUCAACAAGCUGCCACUGUGACUGUAACGGCGCCGAUACCAAACUACAUUAAUUCUGCGGCAUAUUUUCCACCUCAUCUGGGAGCAGCGCACACACCCGUGUGCUACGCUCCGCCCCUGCAGCAGCAGCAUCAACAAAUGCCCCGUGAUGUGAUCGAUGCCAUGGCCACCAAUGCCACAACCGCUGAUCCAUCCAAGCGUAUUGUGACUAUACGACGUGUGCAGUUGCCACACGCUGGCGGCGAUCAGCAGGUGACUGUGGUGGCCAAAGGCAGCUCUCCCGAUGAGGACAAGUUGCUUUACACGUUUGUCAACGGUCACAUCGUGGAAUCGGCUCAGGCUCAUGCAAAAAGUGUUGCUCCAGUUACAGCAGCGCCUGUUGUUGCCGCCGUGCCCGAGAAGAGCGCCAAGGCUAAGAAAAAGGAGGCUAAACGAGCGGCAGCAGCGGCGGCUGCAGCUGCUGCCGCUGCUGCUGCUGCUGAACUUGAAAUGAAGGCCAGCCUGGCCAAGAGCAAGAAGCAACAAAAGAAGGCAGCGGCGGCCGCUGCAGUUGCCUCCAGCUCCAGCUCUGGCAGUAGCAGCUCCAAGUCGCAAACGCCGCAAAGCAGCGCUGUGAAUACGCGUGAGAACUCCGUAUGCAGCAUAAAGCCCAAGGCAACGACAGCGACGUCAAAUAAGAAGUCGAAGAAUGCGCAUAAAAAUGUUGUGGAAGUGCAGUUGCCAAAAGUGUUGCCCAAAGUCGAGCCGGAGCCAAAGCCGCAACCAGCUGAGCCACUGCCCGAAAAAAGACAGAAACGUUUAAAGCCGCGACUGGACCAAGGCCAGUUGGACAACAAUCCGUUCAAAUCUUUGCAUGUGCAAGACUCCUCGGACGGUGAGUGGGAAUCUGAAAGCGAUUCAGAGCAACCACCAGUUCCAGUAGCUCCUGCACCGAUUAAGCCACUGCCUAAGACAGCUGUGGCCCCUAAGCCUGCGCCAGUUAUACCGAGUGCCAAACAGAAGCCAGCAGCCUCUGCUCCUGCUGCUGUGGCGCCUAACGUUAAGAAAGCCAAAAACGAUGCGCCGUCAAAGUCACCAGCCCAACAACAACAGGCCAACAAAUCGACAGCAGCAAAUGCCAGCAACCAGCGCAAAUCGGCAGCCCAACAACAACAGUCGACGCAGUCCAAGAGCCAGCAACCGCAAAGAGUGUCCGAGUCGAAUGCCAGCAUGCGCAAAGCCAAGUCGGGCCAAGGGCAGCAGCAGAUACAGACGCAGUCGCAGAGUAGUCAAGUUACUGGUGGCAAUCGUACAUCUCAGCAGCAGCCAACAACGCGUGGCGGUCGUGGCAGUGGUCGCAGCUCUAAACCAACAAACAGCGGGCAGCAGCAGUUGCAUGUCAACAGCACUAGCAACGGCUCCUUGAACACAUCGGACAGCAGUGCGCAGCCAUCGAAGCGUUCGCAGCGUGGCAAACGCGGACAUCGUGGCCAGAAGCAGGAGGAUCUCUCGGGUAUACCCCACAACAUGGGCUAUUUCAACCCCAACGAAGUUGCCAUACCACCGCAGCAGCCACCACACGCUGCCAGCUAUGCCAGCACACUGAUUCCACAGAUGCAACAGCUGCGCAUUGGCAGCAACAGCUCUGCAUCCAAGCAGCAUCAACAGCAGCUGCAGCCCAAUUGUAGCAUUAUGGAUCAAUUGAAUCGCGGCGUACAAGUUGAGCAUUUGUCACUGCCACCAGGCAUCACGCUGACCAAAGUCGAUCCGGCUAAGAGCGAGCAGCUGCGGCAGAAGAGUGAAUCCAUACGCAAGCUUUCAAAGCCGCUGACCGAGCAACAGCUGCAGCCGACACAGCAUCUACUGCAGCAGUCUGCCGCACAUGUCAUGAGCAACUACUAUGCUACGGGUAAUGGUGGCAUAGAUCCCAGCACUGGUGUCAUUAUGUUGGAAGCAAAUCCGCCAGUCAGCAAUCGUCACUGCCAACAGCCGGUUGCUAUGGCAACCAACAACAACGUGGCAGCCGCCGCAGCUGCAGCAAGCGCUAGUGGCAAGUCAUCGCGACGACGACGCCGCAAUCGUGGCAAGUCUGGCAGCAGUAGUUCGACUGUUGGUUCAGUCACCAGUCUGCCGAGCAAGCAGCGUGCUGGAGUCGCUCAAGACAACAAACAACAACAGCAGAGCCAAAUCUCCGCGGCGCCCAUAAUGGAGGCGAGUGCUGGCGGUAAUAUCAUUACGCUGCGCAAUCCCAUGUUUCAUCAGGGGAUGAACAAUGGACCCGUCGCCGGCAGCAUGCUGUCCAAUCCGAAUCCCAUGCCACCAACACGCACUUAUGGUGGUGCUCUGCCCAUUGCGGCACCGAUGCCCAUGGAUCAACCAGCCGCGAUUAUUAAAAAUGAGAACGGCAUGUUCACCAUACGCAAUCCGGCGUUGCAUCAGGCGGUGACCAAUGGCCUGGCCAUGGGCGGUUAUCGUCAGUUUGGCAGCAAUGUCAACUACUAUACGCCCCAGGAGGCGGUGGCCGAGGCGGCUCGGGCCACACAGCAGAAGCAGUCGUCGCCGCCACCACCAAUGGUUGUUGCACCCGGCAGCGGCUCUGUCGGCGGGCCGGCUGCUUCGGCACCCACUAAUUUCUCAUAUUUCUCAAGUGGAUCAGCCAGCGGCGGGAGCAGCAGCUGCAGUAGUGGUGGCAGUGCCGGCGGCAGUGUUGUGGACACGCACAAUAAUAUCAGUAUUAGCUGCACAAACGUAUCGCUGGGCAGCCCUGGUCGGCUGGUUGGUGAUGCCGCUGUCAUUGCACGUCCCAAGCAUGCACAGAAAUGCUUAUCGGCCAUCGGCAGUGAGCUGAAACAAAAGACCAAAGACAGCCACUCAUCGUCGUCAGUGUCAUCGUCGAGCCAAUGGUCAAGCUUUGGCCAAGCACCGCCUGAAUUUGUUGGCAAUGCAGCGGGCUCAUCACUGCAGGAGAAAUACCAGCAGUCGAGCUACUACAAUGGCUUUGAGGUCUUUCCCUCGGCGGUUGGCGCAGCUGGAACAGGCAGUGCUGGACCUGGCAGCGGUGGUGGCGUUAGCGUGAGCGUUCCUGGUGAUUGCCACAUGCAUCACAAUUGUGGCGACGAUUCACCGCCGCCAACCAUCACUGGUUUCAAUUCCUACCUUGAGGGCAUCCCCAAUACUGGUGUCAUACGUUACGAUGACGCGGCGUUUCUCAAGAAUUUGAUACCGGGCCAACAUCUCAACAACGAGGUCUCCAUACACAACAUAUCGGAGUCCAACUUUGCGCGCAACAACGCAUCGCCAUCGCCACACCAUGUGGAGAUAACAACUGUGUUUGGCAGUCGGGCAUGCGCCCCAACAAAUGCCUACGAGCAACAGCAGCAGCAACAACCGUCGCAAGGCAGCGUCAGCUCCGGUGCCAGCUACUGCGACAAUGUGACCGCCGACUACGGCAGUGAUUCCACCCACCUUUUUGUGCAAGGCAGCAUGCUGCCACGAUUACCGCAACCAUCGCCAGCGGCAUCCGAUCCCUUUGGCUAUGACUUUGAGUCUGGAGCAGCAGCUGCGGUCUCGAAGCCAGCGAGCGUGGCCAGUGAUCUGAAUGAAUUUUUACGCCGCAGUCCGCACAGCCAACGCACCUCUCCGUACAGUCCGGAUGAGAGUGUGGCACUCGAGGCAUUCGUUCAGAACAUGAGCGCUUUGCAGAUCGAUGCGGAACAGUGCUCACGUUUGAAUGGGUCUGCUGGUGCCACCGGAGGAGACGCUGCCGUGGCUGAUGCAACGGCGGCUGGCGGCGUUGGUGCUACUUGGUGGUAAAACCGUGACUACAGCCAUGACCAUGACAACUGUUGCUUCACUUCACACAUCCUUCAUAUACAUCCACGGGCCAGUGACGGCCGCAUAACGCAAACAUUUCAUUGAUAAGGCGAAAAAAAAAACAAAUACCACACAAUGGCUUAGAGGUCAAUUUCGAUGUUUCAACAAGCGAAAAAAAAUAAAUAAAAGCGAAUUAAAUUAAAUGGAA